UCCACCUCAGCUCAACUCCGCUCACAUCCCAGCCGGCACUUCCUCACUUUCUCGAGUGGCUCGCCGCCACCCAACGUCCCUGCUUGACUGAGCCCUCCCCGGGGGCCGGCUUCCUGCUAGACUCGGGGGGGCUCCGUUUUCUGACCUCCCUUGCGCUCGCCAAGAGGGGACUGAAUGGUUACACCGCGCACGUUGACUCCAGGAUGUUAGGGACUGUGAAAAUGGAAGGGCACGACGCAAGCGAGUGGAACAGUUACUACGCCGAGACUCAGGAGGCCUAUUCGACGGUGCCAGUGAGCAACAUGAAUUCCGGCCUGGGCUCCAUGAAUUCCAUGAAUAGCUACAUGAGCAUGAACGCCAUGACCACCAGCGGCAACAUGACUUCGGGCUCCUUCAACAUGUCCUAUGCCAACCCGAGCCUGGGGGCCGGCUUGAGCCCCGGUGGAACCGGAGCCAGCAUGAACAGUAUGUCAGCCAUGGGGUCGGCGCUCAGCCCCGGCGGCAUGAACGCGAUGGGCGGCCCGCAGGCUUCGCUGAACGGACUGGGCGCCUACGGGGCCAUGGGACCCUGCAUGAGCCCCAUGGGAUACGCCUCCUCCAACCUGAGCCGCGGCCGCGACGCCAAGAGCUUCAAGCGCAGCUACCCGCACGCCAAGCCGCCCUACUCGUACAUCUCGCUCAUCACCAUGGCCAUCCAGCAGGCGCCGAGCAAGAUGCUGACGCUGAGCGAGAUCUACCAGUGGAUCAUGGACCUCUUUCCUUACUACCGCCAGAACCAGCAGCGCUGGCAGAACUCUAUCCGCCACUCGCUCUCCUUCAACGACUGCUUCGUCAAGGUCGCCCGCUCGCCGGACAAGCCGGGCAAAGGCUCUUACUGGACGCUGCACCCGGACUCGGGCAACAUGUUCGAGAACGGCUGCUACCUCCGGCGCCAGAAGCGCUUCAAGUGCGAAAAGCAACCCGGGGCCAAGGGCGGAUCGGGCGGAGGCGAGGGAAGGAAAGACCCGGCCAGCCCUCCCUUGCACCGAGGCCAAGCCAAAGGAGGGCAGCUGGAGGCCGCCCCGUCCAACCACAACGCCGGCAGCCCACAAGGCCUGGACCAAAACGGGAACGGAGCCGAGCUAAAGCCCUCGGUGGCCGCGGCGGCUGCAAUCGCAGCUUCGGUCCCCGGCGGGCCCGCCUUGGCCCCCUUGAAUACACAUCCGGGCCAUGCGCUGGGACCCCACGAGCCGCAGCUGCACCUCAAGGGCGACCCCCACUAUUCUUUCAACCACCCCUUCUCCAUCAACAACCUCAUGUCCUCUUCUGAACAGCAGCACAAGCUGGACUUCAAAGCCUACGAGCAAGCGCUGCAAUAUUCCUCCUACGGGGCCGGCCUGCCUGGCGGGUUGCCCCUCAGCAGCGCUUCCAUGGGCGGGAGGGGAGCCAUUGAGCCCUCGGCCCUGGAGCCCUCCUACUACCAAGGUGUGUAUUCCAGACCGGUGCUGAACACUUCUUAGCCGGCCGGGUGGGACUGGAGGGUCAAGCGAGCGGAAUCCUCCCUCCCUCCCUCCCUUGUCUGUGUCUCUCCUUAGAUCUCUGCCCAAACUGACCGUCCGCUUGCCUCCGUCCGUCCCCACCCACCUCCAGCCCGAGAUCCGUGCGAGGGAAAAGAGAAAGGCAAACGAAUAACACAAUAAGCGAAAGGACUGUUACUUUAUUCUCGGGGCGGCUCGGAUAAUGCACGCCGCCAGCGCGUCCCAUUUCUUCGGUUUCGGCUUGACCAGUCCAGCAAAUCUCAGCCCAGCUCUCCUAUACAAGCCCUGUACAUAUAUAUAUAUACACACAUAUAUAUAGCACCCUUGACCACUGAACGAAGCAAACGAGGCUUCCAUUUUGAAACUCAGAAUUGGUUGCGUUUCCCCGCCUUUUUCUCUUCGAAGCAAACUCGGCAAAAUUGGGUGGGGUAGGGGGUUUUUUCAACAGGAAAAGGGUUGCUUGAAAAAAGCCGAAUCUGGACCCAGGCAGCCCGCGCCGCUCUCCUCCGCGCGUGGGUGGCUUCUGGGAAGCCUCUGCGUUGUGGGUUUUUUUUUCCCCCCAGCCCCGAGGUGGAUUCAGUAGGUCGAAGUUGAGCCCGGACUUACUGGCCUGCGUGUGGCUCUUCCCGGUAAACAGGUAAAUAGCCGGGCGGAGAGUUGACAUUAGAUUAGGAGUCCGACCUUUUGAAGGAUGCCGCGCAGAGAGGGAAAACUUGCCUCCGUUUUGAGACUUAGGGAAAGGGCAUUUGUUUCACGCACAGCUGAACUCGCCCCCUCCCCUCCCCCGCAGACACAUUGACCCCAGGGAAGCACGGGUGACAGGUCCCGAAGCCCCCCCCACCCUUGCCUCGGAAAGGGACAGAGCACAGAUGGCAAGUGGAAGAGAGAAAGGGUCUCCUGCAUUUCCAAUGGGAUCUGGAUAGGAUACAGGACUGUACAGGUCACACAAGCCUUUUAAGGCAUGUUACUAUUAUUUCAAAAACCCCCCCCUUCUCCACUUCCCACAAGCUGUUACUAAGGAGUCUCCUUCCGCAUCAGGAAAUCUCUUGACUACAUGGAUGACUUGGUUAUUUAAUCUCGGAGUUCCCCCCGCCCCCACAAUCCCCUCCGUGGGUUCCAGAACUCUAGGACUAUUAUUGUUCGAGCCCAGCGUCGAAGAAUAUUCUGAACUGGGAGAUGCUCCCGAGGCUGCUUUUCAUCAGAUCAGUCACCACCUUCCUGCAUUUAUUUUUUUUUUGAGGUCGCUUAAUUCUACCAUACCGUUGUUAGCACGUUCAUCCAGUGUUAAUGCACUUUCUUCAGUUUUUACAUGACGUUUCAGAGUAGCCAGACGGGUUUUUCCCCUUCCCCUUUUUGGUUCCCUUCUUCCCUCCCCUCGCCCCCUCCCCCCAUUUGCCUUUACAAUAUUCUUAAUUUAUUUGCACGGUUUAUACUUUCUUCUUGACAGCUUGAAAGUGCUUUAAAUAAACGGUUUUAAAAUGACAUACCAUUUUAAAGAAAAUAAAAAAAUCUUAAUUUUAUAAUAAAUGUGAUUGUAAUUGAACAAAAAAUGUUUUGAUUCUUUUGGGUUUUUUUUAUGAAAAUAUAAGCCAUGGAGCAU